AUGGUUCAAGAAGAAUACAUUUCUUGUGCUGUUUACCCAUAAUGAUAACCAGUAAAGGCUGAAACGUAAACCUUUUCAUAGCUCUUUAAGGGCUCUCGUACACGUUUUCCAAGGCAAGAAGUGCUCAAUUUAACAAGACGAAGUAAUUGUUCCAUAUAUUCAGACGUUCAUUAUAGAAACUCACAAUGCUUUGGUAUAAUCUUCGACAUCCAACCUGAAUUUCUUUCAUGCUCAUCCCAACGUUUUACAUGUUACCCAAAUCUUAAAAAGCUAUUUAUUUCUUUACAUUAUGUGAUUUUUUGAGGUGCAUUAAAUAUACUUGUCACACUAAGAAGACAGAUGGAAUAACUUAUUGUGAUGAUAGUGCCGUCUUAACCAAAGAAUUGAAGUCAAGCUUUUGAUUUUCCACAAUAGAAUUGGGUUAUCCAGUGUGCUUGUUUCAUGUAGAACCCUUAUCGAGUACUGAAUUUCAGGACUGAGAUAAUUUACGAAUUUCUCCUAGUAGUCCUGAUUACAGUGUUAAUCCCAUCACAUUAGGAGAGGUAACCUUGCCAGGCGUUAGAAAAAAUGUCUGGCGAUUCGUACUAUCAACAAAAGAAUCUCUAUUAUGCCUGAUCUGUGUUCUCAUCAAUGCAUGACAGCGUAAAUUUUUUUAAUUAAAAGGUAAAUUUUUUUGACUAGAGAAUAUACUUGCGUAUUGAUUCAAAAUGUGAAUUCUAACUGUAUAACGCAUCUGGUCGUUUUUGCCACCCUAUCAUUUACUGUUACGGACUCUUUUAUCUGAGGUACUGUAUAGAAUGGUCGGGCAAUGAAACUGGCAUAGUAUUCCUUCUCCAUCGAUAUAUGUAUAAAAAACCAGAAAUAAUGCAAAGUCAUCACAUUUCAUAUCUGCGGUUGAAAUGGUGCGACAUCUCCAACUCUACCUGCCCUCAAUGACCGUCUCUGUUACUCCAUUUCCAGAAUAGUUUAGCACCUCAUGUGAUGCAGAGACAGUGCCUCGCUCGGCACUCCUGAAUACAACGAAGCCUGGCCUUCUGGAUUCAGGCAGGGGAAACGUUUCAUUGACAGCGUCAUUGUCACGUUGGCAAUUGAGUGUCUGUCCUCUGCCCGCUCUUGUACACAGUAGCGCGACUUGUAUGCAUCCAAAUACUUCAGACAUUGGACACAGACCAGUAUGUGCAUCAUCAAGUCGGUCUGCAUAGUUCCUGUUCUUCCAUAGUCCCCAUGCCUGAACAAAUGGGUGACAUCACACUACUUUAAGAAUUCGUCCCAAAAAAUUAGAAGAAUAUUAUGGGUGCGUCAACACAGUUGGUCAGCCUUCGACCUUGCUUCCCCAAGCCAAAAUACCGGCUUCUCAGGUCAUUUCAGCACAAAGUCAUUGAAGAAAAGUGGUGUGAAAAGGACUGUGAAUGAAUUUCCGACGAAACAUUAGGGCUUGAACAAAGAGGACCCCGUCCAUCUGUCAAAAGGAAGAGAAAGAUACCGAUUUGGGGGCUGGGAAGGGGGGGAGAGAGAGACAGAGAAAGAGUGACGAGCAAAGGGAAGAGAGGAGUCGCAUGGGCAAUUUUGGAACAGCCCCUUCGAACAGAAUGGCCACGAUUUCGCGCCCCCUGCCUCGGAAAAGAAACUGAUCGGUUUUGCUGAGAAUUUAUCUACACUUCGAUAAUCCCAGACAUGAUUUACGUAGAACAACUAAAUUAAAAAAGGUAACUAACUAUUGCUCAACAUUUAAUAGAAGACUUUCCAGUGGCUCAGUCGUAUACAGCCCUCGAUUUAGACUCUGAUUAUUUCCAAUACUAGAACCUCGAAGCUGAAGACAUCCGACUUCAUUGAGAUGGCCCCGUCGAUUGCAUAUUCUGCAGACAGCUGUCUACUAUUUAAUAGUGUUGGAGUUAAUCUCGCUGCCAUCAUCAUCACAAUCCAUGAAGGAGGAAGGCAUUCAACGGGAGUUCUGUUUUAUCUUACGUUUUUCCUUGUAUCUUUUUCUUUUGAACGUUUCAAUCUCAGCUGUUAUAACUCCAUAACGGAUGGCUGAGAUUGUGUUAGGAUAAUAGGCUUGCAAUAACUGUCAUAACAACGUUACUGCAUGAGGUGUUCAACUUGGUCCUAUAAGCGAAUCAGUUCGAUCACUGAUUGGCUAUGCCAAUUGAUUUCUCCAAUUUCUAAUUUAAUAGAUUUGGGCGUUUUUAUUUCUCCAUUCUUCUUGAGUUCUUGAGUUGUUACGAAGAGUCAUAAGGUUAGAUUCUUCAGUUGGUAUCAGAGCACUUGUGAUCCAACAUCAUCUGGACGACAAUGACACCAUAUAAGGGAGACUUGUCACAGGAUCUCGCGGUGACGAGAGGAUUGAAAGGGGUGAAGCAACCUAUGCAGAUAGGUACCUUUCCAAUCCUUGUGAGGCUUAA